UGCCAGGUGGACCAGUGAAGGGACGACAGCGAGGAGGAGACAGAGGUGGAAGAAGGAAGGGAAGGGGGGGCAGAAGAAGGGUAUACAUGCCAACUUCAGGAGCGUUUGUCUUGCUACAUCACGCCUCAGUGCACAACGCCACAGCCCUCACCUCUGUCAGUUGUUGCCCAUUGCCCUUGGGAGAUCGAACUACCGUCUUCUCGUCUGCAGUAGUGCUCUGUUUCACCUCACUCGUGCUCCUUAGCGGUCAAGGCAGUGCAGAAUCUUUGGUGCUGGGAAUCAACCGCAAACGUUUCCUGUGUGUCUGUGUCUCCUUAGUGGUGGUGAGGCAGACGAGACGUGCAAUGUCCUACCGCAGCAGCGCCUCCGUGUCUACCCGCUGUGAUCCUGAUGAUGACGGCCGCCUCUAUGCUAUGUACCCGCGACGAGGGAGCGAGAGUCCAGUGUUUGGUCACGGAGGAUUCAGAGUAGAUCCAGCACUACAGAAGAACAUUGAGGCCAUGAUGGAGUCAGGAGGCUCAUCACCACCCAACAAGAUUUCUGCCCCAUAUGAGGUGCCACAGUUUCCCAUUGAGCAAAUUGAGGACAAGCUGAAGCUCCACCGUCACUUGAGUAUAAUAGCUGAGCGCCACUCCAGAUAUGAGCCAUCAGAGACUGCUGUGGAUGAAGAUGACACCAAGACCUUUGACCUUGAUGAGACUGACUAUAUUCCUCAUUACCAGAGGGUGUUCAUCAGUGGUGAAGAGGCCUCCAAUGAGAAACAAGAAGGCAUGGGGCAGUACCUCCUUGACAACCUGAUCACCAAUGUGCCAGUGGAAGAUAUCUCCAAGUCAUCCAAGUUGAUCAUUGAAGCUCUCAGGCUCCGAGAAAAGUAUAUGGCCUGGGCCAACCAGAAUUUCCCCACUGUCACAGCAAGAUUCCUUCGAGAGGGUGGGAUAGAGGAUCCAAUGGGAGGAAAUCAACGCUAUGCUGGUGCAUGCAGUGAUCCCAAGAGUCUAGAAGCAGUGCAAGUGUUGGCUGAUGGAGAGAUUGGGCAAACCAACUCCAGCCCUGAUCAUCCCAUCCAUCCACCCCGCAAGGAAGUGAGUCCCUGGAAGAUUGACUUCCCAGAGAACUGUGGUUACAGAGUAUCCAUGGUAGAUGGUGUGUUUCAGGUAUAUGCCAAUGAAGAAGCAGAGCAGCAGGAGAAGCCACAGCCAUACCACUAUCCAAACCUCACCCGCUACAUCCAAGACGUUAACCUACUGUGUGCUCUUAUUGCCAAUGGUCCAGUAAAGUCUUUCUGCUACCGCCGCCUCCAGUAUCUCAGCUCUAAGUUUCAACUUCAUGUUCUCCUCAAUGAGAUGCGGGAAUUGACUGCACAGAAGGCAGUUCCUCAUAGGGACUUCUACAACAUCAGGAAGGUGGACACUCACAUCCAUGCUGCAUCCUGCAUGAAUCAGAAACAUCUACUGCGCUUCAUCAAGAAGGCAAUGAAGACGCACCCUGAUGAGAUAGUGUGUUGCUCCAAAGAUAAUAAGAUGACUCUGGCAGAAGUGUUUGCCUCCAUGAACCUCACUGCUUAUGACCUAUCAGUGGACAUGCUGGAUGUACAUGCUGACCGCAACACCUUCCACAGGUUUGAUAAAUUCAAUGCCAAAUACAACCCAGUGGGAGAAUCUCGACUGAGGGAAGUGUUCCUAAAGACAGACAACUACAUCAGUGGAAAAUAUUUUGGUCACAUUAUUAAGGAGGUGAUGUCAGACCUGGAGGAAAGCAAGUACCAAAAUGCAGAGCUGAGGCUGUCAGUGUAUGGGAAGAGUGUUGAUGAGUGGGACAAGUUAGCACGUUGGGCAGUGAAACAUAAUGUCCAUUCAGAAAAUGUACGGUGGCUGGUGCAAGUCCCACGCAUCUAUGAUAUCUACAAAAACAACAACAUUGUUGAAAAUUUUGGUGUCCUCAUUGACAACCUAUUCCGUCCCUUGUUUGAGGUCACCAUCAACCCCAGCAGCCAUCCAGAACUUCAUGCUUUCCUUCAGUACUUGAUUGGGUUUGACAGUGUAGAUGAUGAGAGCAAACCUGAAACAUCAGUACUAGACAAGGAUACACCACCACCUCAGCUCUGGACAGACACAGAGAAUCCUCCAUAUGCCUACUACCUCUACUAUAUGUAUGCCAACAUCUGCACCCUGAACCAGCUGCGUGCUGAAAGGGGAAUGAAUACCUUUGUCCUACGGCCACAUUGUGGGGAGGCUGGCUCCAUUCAACACCUGGUGACUGGCUUCCUUUUAGCAGAAAACAUAUCACAUGGCCUGCUUCUCCGCAAAGCUCCCGUCCUCCAGUUCCUAUAUUAUUUGGCUCAGAUUGGAAUAGCCAUGUCUCCUCUCUCUAACAACUCUCUCUUCCUGAACUACCAUCGUAACCCUCUCCCGAUCAAGCAGUUCUGGAUUGGCCCCAACUACAUCCGUGAAGGUGUGGCUGGAAAUGACAUUAAGCGAACUAAUGUCCCCAAUAUUAGAGUGGCCUUCAGACAUGAGACCUUACUGGAUGAGCUAGCCAACAUCUUCCGUCAUCCAACAGAGAAGGAGGAGAACUGAGUGCUGCUGUGAUACUCACCUGCUCUGAUGGGACUUCCAGACUGUCAGCAUGUGAUGGCAGCCACCCAUAGCCUGUAUUUAUGCGAAUAGGGAGGCUGCUUCUAGACAGCUCUUGAGUUUACAUCAAGAGAGAGUGAAU